GCAUACUUACAUAAUAGGUAUUAGUAAUAUUUAUAUUGUACAAUAAUACAAAAUACAUUUUAAUAUUCUAUUAUGGUUUUAUGAUAUAUGAACUAUGAACAAAAUGUCAAUAUUGCCAUUUGUUAAUGUCAAUGUCACACUUACAAAUCACAAAAGUAUUCACUAUCAUAAAUUAAUAAUAAUAAUAACAAUUAAUAAUACAAUGCUAUUCAGAAAUAAACCCAUGGACUAAUCACAUUUUUUUCUUUUCUAAUUUGCAAAAUAAAUUAUAGCCCAGAAUUUUUCUGUGGCGAAAACAACAAAUUUUACUCCCACUGGCUGCCACAAAAAAUGGAUUCAAUUUUCGAAAAAAGUGGUAAAGUUCGUGUUCUAUUCUGUCAGCCCACCGUUAGUAAUAAGUGGUAUUCAACGAACUUCAAACUGUUCCAUAUAAGAAUAUUUAAAAACUCGAAAUCAAAAUGAACAGCUUGAAAAAUAUGUUUAGACCUACGAAACCAAUUUCUAAAAAUGUUUCAUUUAAACCGGACGAACUCAUAUCAAACAGUCAAAAAUUGAUGUUGGAACUUGGUAUUAUCAGACAAAGUGCCAACGGAUUAUACCACUUACUGCCUCUUGCUCAGCGGUCUUUAGAUAAAUUGAUUUCCAUCAUAAAUAAAAAUAUGAUGGAUAUUGGCGCUCAGAAGAUUUCUAUGCCCGUAUUGAUACACAGUAACUUGUGGAAAAAAACAGGUCGGUUAAACAAAAACAUUGAAGAUUUAUACAUAGUGAAUGAUCGCAAAAGCAAAGAGUUCCUACUAAGUCCGACUCAUGAAGAGGUCGUUACUGAUUUAUUUAGUUCAGAUCCUAAGACGUACAAGCAAUUGCCUUUAAUGCUGUAUCAAGUUGGCACAAAAUUCAGAGAUGAGAUUAGGCCUAAGUUGGGCAUUAUCAGAUCCAAAGAGUUUCUUAUGAAAGAUUUGUAUUCUUUUGAUAGAGAUCAAACAAGUGCUACAAUUACAUACAACAAAGUUUGCCAAGCCUACGAAAAGAUAUUUAAGCGCAUUGGUGUUAAAUACAUAAGAGUUGAAGGUGCUUCAGGAAUGAUGGGUGGAAAUCAAUCCCAUGAAUUUCAUUAUCCGGCCGAAGUUGGAGACGAUACGUUAUUACAGUGUAAGAAAUGUGGUUUUGGAAUGAACAAAGAAAUGUCACCAGAGUUGGUCCAGUGUCCCAAAUGCUCUAGUACUGACAUUGAGUUUACAAGGGCUAUUGAAGUAGGCCACACUUUUCAACUCGGCACAUUUUAUUCAAACGCCUUGUCUGCCACAUACUCGGACACAGAUGGAAUUCUGAAACCUCCAUAUAUGUGUAGCUAUGGUUUGGGUGUUUCCCGAAUAAUUGGUGCAUCUGUGGAAUGUUCGAGCACACAAGAAAUAAUCCAAUGGCCGCGACCAUUGGCUCCGUUUACUAUUUGUAUAAUACCAGCCAAAGAAGGCAGUAUUGAGGAAAACACUUCUAUGAACAAUAUACACUCUCUUUACAAUCAUUUUACUGAAAUAUUUGGAGACGAUAUUAUUGUUGACGAUCGAACCCAUAUGACUAUAGGCAAGCGAUUAAUUGAAGCAAAAAAAUUAGGAUUUCCAUUUGUGGUCGUUAUGGGAAAAAAAAUAAACGAAACUCCCUCUCUGUACGAACUGUAUGAAGCUAAUACAAAGAAAUCAGAACAUUAUGAACUAAGUAGUUUAAUUAAUUAUUUUAAGCAACAAUGUUUAGACAAAAUUUGA